AAUCGGGAAACAGGCGGGAGAGACGAGGCGGACAUAUAAGUAGUUACUAACCGAACAAUAGCUCAUUUUACGUUUUGUUAAAAGUAUAGCUGGUGUUAAAUAGCUAAACUAUUUAUGAUUUUAAACUUGUGCACCAGUUUGGUUUGAUGAAGUUACUGGGAGAUUAGAUACCGUAUCACGUAAAGGAUAGGUGGACCAAAAUGAGCCUACUAGCCUCUCAACAGCCCCCACUGGUGCUGCCGGUCGAGUCCCUGCCAGCUGAGAGUGAUGCUGAUAGCGGGAUGGGCUCACCAAUGGAAGUGGAAACCAGUGAGAAGCCACCCCCACCAGAAAAACCAGCAGACUCUGACGACGACGAGGACAUUGCAGUGGCCAGGAAGCCUCGCUCUCGUAAGGCUCUGAGGGACAGCGACAGUGACGAGGCCGAGGAGGCGGGCGGGAUGGACGGCGCGCUCGUCCUCUCUGCGUCCAGCGAGGCCGAGGCAGAGGAGGCGGCCGAGGAGCAGACGAAGGUGAAGAAGGCGACGAGGACGAAGAAAAGGAUCGCUCGUGUCUCCAGGGACAGUGAGGACAGUGAGAAGGAGAAUAACGAGGAGGAGGAGGACAGCGUGCGAGACGGUGGGAGGAGGAAGGAGAAGUCCAAGCGCCGUAAGGAGAGAGGGAGGAAGAAGGAGGCUGGAAAGAAGCAGCCGAAAGAGGCGGAUGAAGAGAUCCGGACCCCUGCAGGUAUCAAUGAUAGUGGCUGUCUCCUUGGCAACUCAGACCUGUUUGAUGCAGAGCAGGAGGAAGAUGAGAAGGAGGAGGAGUCUGUAGAGGCAAUUAGAGCGGCUGUCAAACAGAAGGCCAAAAAACACAAGCCUCACCUCGAAGAAGAGUAUGCAGAGAAGCCCCAGCGUGUGGAAAGAAAGGCAGCACGUGCCAGUAAGGAGUAUAUGAAGCAGCUGCACAGCGAGACCCAGAGGCUUGUCAGAGAAUCCAGCAUUGGGCUGCCUUACCACCUGCCCGAGCCCAAGAGCAUCCAUGAGUUCUUCAAAAAGAGAGCCAGACCUCAAGGGCCUGGCAUGUCUCUUCUGAAGUCAGCAGAGUACCAGGCUGUUAUCCGGGAGGCCACUUCCGCCUCAACCAAGCAGAGCCAGACUAAGGAGCCCCAGCAGGCUGAAGAGGCCCCUGCAGCGGCCUCUGACCUUCAGGUGCCCACAGACGCCCCAUCGGUGCAGCAGCAGGAGGAGGAGCCCACCGCCCAGCCAGACUCCAGUGAGGCCACGCCAGACGCCCCAUCAGACAUUUUGAUGGAGGACGCACCGUCCCUCUCAGACGUGCCUGCGGUCACAGACGUCCCCGAGGUUCCUGGGUCAGAACCUGAGGUGCCUGGGUCGGAGCCCAAGGCUACGGACGCACCCGCUGAUCUAGCCCCUCCUGCGGAAGCGGAAGCUCCAGCUCCGGUCAUCAAAACCCGUAAGGACAAACUGACCCGGCUCCGAGAGCUGGGACUGGACCCGCCACCGGUGGCCAAACUCCGGUCCUCUGAUGACGCCUUUGUGGAGCUGGAGGCCCCACAGGUGAACCCAGCUCUGGAGGCCCUGAAGGACCGGUUCCUGCGCCACAUCCAGCCCGUGGCCCGGCCCAAGGGGGAGCGCUCCGUGCAGCUCAGCGUGAUCCGGAAGGACAGCACCGCCGGCGGGCAGGAGGAGCUGCGCACCGAUGCCCUCACCGUCACCCUCACCGAGGAGGAGAAGCUGCCCUCCACCAAGCCAGGCGAGUGUCUGCUCCUGCUCAAGUCCCGUCUCCAGAAGGCCAUGGCGGUGCGGCGGCAGGAGGAGAGACAGAAGCGCGCCGCUCUUUAUCGCCUCGACAACGAGGACUGUGGAGAGGAGGAAGAGGAGGAGGAGGACAUGACCGAGUCUGAGGAGGAAGAGGGUGUGGACGAGCUGCUUGGUGGAGGUGACGAGCAGCAGGAUGGGGAUGAAGAUGAUGAAGAGGAGGAGGAAGAGGCUGCGGAUAGCAACAUGGCAGUGAUGAGGAGCCCCUCCCCGCGUCAUGACAACGAUGGAACUCUUAUGCUAUUCGCUGGAAGCUCCUGCUCACGCACCAGUGACGGAGUGAAGAGGAUGGGAGCUGGUCAGGACAGCGAUAAUAAACUGGAAGAGGACGACUCUCUGUCCUUGGUGAAGGACAGCAGCCACAACAGCAGCUUUGAGCUCAUGGGCUCCAUGAUCCCGUCCUACCAGCCCGUCAGCCGGACCGCGGGGCGCGGCGUGGCCUCCAGCGUCUUCCGCUCCCCCUCCCCCUCCCCCUGCCUCUUCAGACCCAGCUUCCUGGGCUCCGCCUCCAAGAGCUCUGGUAAGGAUCCGUCUCUGCUGCUGCCCCUGCCGGUGGAGGACUCCCAGGACCUGUACGCGCCCCCCUCCCCCUCCGAGGCCCCCCUGGGCGGCUUCUCCCUGGACGAGGACACGGCUACCCACCUGGAGGAGCCGCAGUCGCAGCUGCUGACGGCCGACGGCUUCCUCAACGUGGGUCGCCCCGGGGCGCCCCCGACGACGACGACCUCCUCGUCGCGGCAACGGCUGAUCCUGGAGAGCCUGGACGAGAACGCCAUGGACGCCAACAUGGACGAGCUGCUGGGGCUGUGCUCGGGAGGCUUCGCCACGCAGAACGCGAGCGGGUCGUCGCUGGCGCGCACCCCCACGGGCGCUCUGGAGCGCGCCGCCAGCCCGCUGCCCCCAAGCCUGCCCGACAUGCAGGCCAGCUCGGACACGGACAUGGACCAGCUGCUUGCGCUCUGCUCCGGAAAGUUCACCAGCCCCAGUGCUACUCCACUGACGUGUGCGUCCAGCCCCGCUUCUCACUCACAAACUACAAAGGCCAGCAGGGGAGAGACGGGGUGUGAGGAUGAGGAGCCAGAGGAAGAUGAUUGUGAGUUCAAGCUCCUGUCAGAUGUGGAAAGUCUCAGUGGCCAGGAGGAUGAAUCGGGUGAGGAGGAUGAGGGAGAUAAGGAUGAAGAUGAACAGCAAGGAGAUGAAGACGAGGAUGAGGGCGAAGCAGAGGAGGAGGAGGAGAAGCAGGCAGUGUUCGGCCGACCGAAAGGAAAGAGGAAACUGAGGCUGACUGAGUUUGUGGACUCUGAGGCCGAGCUGUCGGGCAGUGAUUUGGGCAGUGAUGACGAGGAGGGUGGCGGAGACAGCGAAUAUGAGGAAGAUGAGGGACAGGACGACCUGCCAUCUGAUGAGGAGCUGCAGGACCAAGUCAACAAGAUCCACAUGAAGCAGGUGCUUGACGAUGAUAAGCGUCAGCUGCGUCUGUAUCAAGAACGUUACCUUGCCGACGGGGAUUUGCACUCAGAUGGACCAGGACGAAUGAGACGCUUCCGCUGGAAAAACAUGGAGAACGGCUUUGAUUUUGAGGGCCCCGGAGGUGAGGGUGAAGAUGAGGAGGAGGAUGAAGAGCUGGACCAGACUGAACUGCAGAGGAGGAAAGAACGCCUGGAAAGGGAGCAGUGGCUAAAGGAGCAGUCUGAGGCGCAGUCCAAGAAGAGUAAAGGUGCGGCAGUGGAGGUGGAGGUGGAGGAGGAGGAGGAGGAUGAGUGCUUUGGUGAGGAAGAGAACAGUCAGUUCAUGAAACUGGCCAAGAAGGUGAUGGCAAAGACCCUGCAAAAGAAAGAGGCUCCUGUUGCUCCGGUUCUAGAAAAGAGAGCUGCAUCGGACCCAUUCCGGAGACCUGCUCCAGCUGCAGUGGUCAAGAGGGGGUCAUUGCUGAGCCAGCCAAAAACCAUGCUGCAGAAGCUUGCCACCAUCUCCGACGGCAACCCCAUUGGCCCGCGCAACACUCGUGGCUUCCUGUUCCAGACUCUCUCUCCGGAGAAGAACUCCACCUCCUCAGACCGUCCCAAACAGGUGAAGAAGAGAUUGAGCUCCGAUUCGCCGGCACCCAUAGCCAAGCGACCACGGCAAGAGAAAAAGGCAGCGGCCCCUGGACCUCAAAGAAGCAUCUUCAGCUACCUGGAGAACUAACGCACAUAAAACGCCUGUGUGACCUUGGCCCCCCCUCACCCUCACCUUGGUGAGACAACAGAAUGGCAAUUUCAACUGUUUGCAGUUUUAUCAUGUAAAUAUUGUUUUUGGUUGCUUUUAAAUGUAAGAUUGUUUUAAUUUGUUUUACUUUUUAAUGUAUUUUAGUGUGCUGUAAAUAAAGGAUAUUUUAACAUA